UUGGGGCGCGCAAAUUCGAAAAAACAACCCCCUCCAUUCACGUUCCCGCCACUUUGCCUGAUAUCAUCUUCUCAACCCCGGAAAAUGAAGAGAUAUCCACUCCUCUCUCCCUCUUCAUCCAAGCCACCCAAUUAGAGAAAUGGAUAUCUCUGACAUUGCGAAGAAGCUAGGUCUAUCCGAUUCCAAACACAUCAUCCGAAAAGCCGCCGAGCUCCGCCGCCUCUGCGACAUCCAGUUCGAUUCUUCUGUCAUCGGAGUUGGGGAGAUCUGCAAGGCCAUAAUCUGCUUAGAAAUCGCCGCUUCAGGAUGGGAAGAGGUCAUUUUUGAUCGCCCGAGCGCGAUAAAAUUGAGUGGCAUGUCAGAGAAGGCAUAUAAUCGAUCGUUCAAUGCAAUGCAGAAUGGUCUUGGUGUCAAGAUAAAGCUGGAUAUUAGAGAAUUGGGGAUUCGGUUUGGAUGUGUUAGGCUCAUUCCUCUCGUGCAGAAGGGUCUGUCACUCUAUAAGGAUCGAUUUCUUGCAUCAUUGCCAGCUUCUCGGCGGACAAGUGCUGACUUCACUCGGCCAGUAUUUACUGCUGUAGCAUUCUACUUGUGUGCAAAAAGGCACAAGCUGAAGAUAGACAAGUUUAAGUUGAUUGAGCUUUGUGGGACAUCUGAAUCUGAAUUUUCCUCUGUUUCUACAUCUAUGAAGGACCUAUGUCAUGACGUCUUUGGGAUCUCGAAGGAGAAAAAAGACCCCAAGGAUGUGAAAGGGAACCGAGAACUGUUGGAUACAUUACCUGGGAAAAGGAAACUUGAUGAUGGUGGUUAUUCAUCUGAUGAUGCACUGGAGCUUUCAAGUUACAAGCGGCGUAAACAAAAGGAUAAACUUGCUUAUGAGGAAUGGAAAUCUUCUGUAACUGCAGCUAAUAAGCAAAGCAAGGCCAAAGUUCCUAGUAGGCAAACUAAGCAAACUAAACUCGACUUUCAGAAGGAAGUUCCUGAGACCCAGAAGUUGGAGGCUAUGUAAGAGGCAUGUAUGCCUUCUGUUAACAAAGUUUUUGUUGCUGCAAGUUGACAUGAGAAGAGAAGGAAUGAUGAGGAAGUACCAUGGUGGACAUUAUUACACUCCAAAAUGAUAACUUUGAUGGGUUAAUUUAUUUUCAUUUUUGCUAGUGCUCUAGCAUACAGGAAUUUUUUCUACAUGUUAAAGAAAUUAAAAAGAUGCUGCAGGAAUCGCUCUUCUACAAUUAGUGACAUUGUACAUAAUGAUUUUAAAAAAAUCACAAAAAUAAAAUAAACUGCUUUAUUAUUUA